AUGGAACGGACUCGUAAUCGUCGCGGUUUCAACCGAACGGUGUCUGAGGUCCUUCUUCGAGACCACCCAGACUUGCGUGAGGAAUUUGCUUUGUUCGUCCCUACUAGGAGAAUGGGCAUCGAAGAAGGCCAUCACAAGGGGGAGAGAAUGCCCCUCAUCAUACGGUGUCGACUGUUCUUUGAGUUCUUCAUUUUGCUUUGUUUGGGAGCCUGUUUUAUUGGGUUGAUGGUUUACAUGCUCAAACCAUCUUCUCUCAAAGAACCAGUUCCGAAGAUAGAACUAGCUUCUAUGGAUUUCACGGUGCUUAAUAUCUCAGACACUCGUUUAAGUGCAAAGUGGGAUAUGUCGAUACGGAUCCCCGACGACCUUCCUGGUGACUAUAUAUGUUUUCAAGGAGACCUCCAAGCUUCCUUCAUGUACAAGAAUGUUACUCUUGCUACCUCUUCCCAAGAGUACAACAAUCUCCAAUACCGUCGACCUCAGGUUCUUAGGGUUUCAGCGAGUGUCUCGGGAGAAGAUAUUGAUGGUUUGAUAGGUAAAGAUAUAACUGCAGAUAUCAAAGAGAAGAAGGACGUGCGUUUCGGAACGCGUUUUUAUCUCACUGAUUGCAGGGAAAAGACAAGUGGUACUAUGAGAUAUGUAAAGGAUUUAGAAACAGAGUAUAAGGCUUACUCAAUAAUGAAGUCUGAAUGA